AUGAGUCUCUAAGUCUAUCAAGCACCACCAUCCCAACUUAUUAACUCCUAUCUGAUCACACUUAUAGAUGGAACUGGAUCUAUGGCUUAAGAGUAUGAAUAAGCAGUCAAAGCAUAUUAAUAAGUCUUCUCCUAUCUUGGAAAUCAGAAGUUAGAUUAUCAAUUCCAAUCUCAACUCUAUCCAAUCCUUCCCUAUGUUGGAGUCAAUGGAUGUGGAGGAAACAUCACAAAAACCUUCAAAGAAUUAUUUUCGAUACUCCUUAGUAAACAACACCCUGUCCCAAAAAACAUUACAAUAUUAUUUGUGAGUGAUGGCAGAGAAUCCUUUGAUCUUAAUUAGCUUCAAACUCAAAUCUAAGAAAUGAAGAAAAUAUAUAUGAUCCAAUUCAUUAGUUUAGCUGUAGGAGACAGAUUCCCUAAUGAAAUCAGCAAUAUCUUAAGAAACAAAAUUCAUAACCAUGAUCCUAACUUUUAAUCACUAUUUAAAGUUAAGAGACAAUAUACAAGUACUAAAGAAGUCAUCUAUUAAAAUUUUCUUAAUUGCUUUUUAUAAAUCAAACCAUUAAUCCAAGUUCAAGAUGGAAUCAUUCAAAUUAAUUAGUAGGUCUAAUAAACUCUUGUAUCCCCAUUGUCAAAUUAAGUAAUUGCAGGUAGUCACUUUUGUGCCAAAUCAGAUGGCAAACAAGAUAACGAAAUUUGUGCUGGACCUACUAAAUUACAACCCAAAACUACGGACAAAGAUAUCAAUGAAUUUAUCAUUGGUUCCUUAUCAUAAGCCAUCAAUGAUCAGAUUGCUAACAAAAAAAGAGACACUCAAUUAUUCAAAAAGAUCUCUGAAGCAGCCCCUCAACUUUUAAAGUAAAUAAAAUCAGUUGUAUCUACUCCAGAAGAACAAAGCAAAAGUCAAGAAGUUUAUUCAUUACUAGAUGAAUUACUAUCCUAAAAUUUAUAAUUGCAGACCAUGAGUGAGAAUCAAAUCACCUAAUUAUAACGAGGAUUAUUCGAUCAAUAAGUGUCUUUGAAUUAAAUUAUUAAUGUUAAUUCGCUCGAUAUUAAAAAGAAGAUUGUUACACCUGAAAUGUUAAAUGAAAGACUAGCAGAAUAAUAUCAAAAAUUAAUUGCUCCAGACACCUUUCAAGAACCAGAUAACUUAAAAAACUAAUAAUUAACUUUACUUGAUUCUACCGAAUUGAUUAUUAUUGAAACUCUUAAUAAUCACAUUUCAUAUAUUCAAAGCAAUCUAAAUGCAGAUCAUACCAAACUGUUAACGGAUUUUCUCACUUCAACAUAAGAAUCUCUAAUUAAAGUAUUUUCUGCUUCAGAUUUUAAAGUUGAAUAAGAUGAAUAAAUUGUAUCUUUCAAAUAGAUGAACAAUUUGUUCUAAUUAAUAGAUUAGACCAUCAAGAGAUUAAUUAGCAUUUAAAACUUCUUAGUUCUUGUGAAGAAAUAUCAAUAGAAAACUUAAGUUAUUGAAGGUGUGGAUGCAUCAAAUGCUUUGUUUUCAUCUAAUGAUGAUUAUAAAUAUUUACCAAAGGAACUGUAAAUUUUAUUAAAGGAAGGUUUAGAACUGGAAGAGGCUGAAAAAUGCUUAAUACUUAUAGUGGAUAUAAAUGAUUCAAUGAAGAAUGAAUCCUAAAUUGCUAUUGAAUCAUUUUAGACACAAUUUAAAGAUAUUCCAGAAAAAAAGAAAUAAUAAUAACAAUAAUAAUAAUAAUAAUAGUAAUAAUAUGAAAGCUUAUUAGAAUAAUUUAAAUAACUUGAUCAAUAGUAUGAUUUAUCUAAUAAAAGAAAUAGAAUUUGUGUAGUUACUGAUGGAUAAACUAAUUAUUAGCAAUUACAUAAAUCGUUUAAAGUUGUAAGGUUUCAUUAUUCUUUCUAAAUCAUUUAUUUAACUAUUGGAUCCUAAAUAAAUUCUAAAAUUGGAAAUGAACUAAAAUCAAAAUACUAAGACAGAAACAUUAGAGGAUGUCCUUUAUUGUUUAAUGUACCAAGAUCUAUUGUCUAAUCAACAUAAAAUACAUCUUAAAGAACGAAAGACGCAUUUAAUAGAUGUUUUGAAGAUAUUUACAAACAUUUUAUAAAAUGA